CAGAGAGGAUUCAUAAAUAUGGGUUACUGUGUGAAGUAGGAAUUGUGUCUUCCAGUUGACUUGGUGUUCUGGGAAUGCUGUCUGGUGCAACUCGGAGAUCAGUAAUUGGAGUGUUACACUUUCGAGACCAUCUGCUUUGUUGAGCUGUCCAAAAGGCAAGUGAAGCCCACCGAAGACUGCUCUCUUCAGUCACCUUCCAUUCUCCUAAACUUGAAGAUGAAUGCUGAUAUAAAGAUCACCAUUGGAGCGGAAGACUUGGGCUUCUUCACUGAUUACAAUGACAGCUACAGUGAGAGUUAUAAUGAGUCCUGCUGUAGACUUAUGUGUGAUCAUGAGUCUAGCAUGUUCUUUGAUUCCAUUUUUAUUCCGGUCCUUUACUCUGUGGCGCUGGUAGUGGGGCUGGUUGGAAAUGGGCUGGUUCUGGUGGUACUGUGGAAGAAAAGGCUGUACUUGAACGUUACCGACAUCUUCAUCCUCCAUCUGAGUUUAGCUAACAUUCUGCUGCUGCUAACGCUGCCCUUCUGGGCUGUAGAGGCAGCGAAUGAGUGGAUCUUCGGCACAGUGCUUUGCAAGCUGACUGGAGCUCUGUUUAAGAUCAAUUUCUACUGUGGCAUUUUCAUGCUUUCCUGCAUCAGUCUUGACCGCUACCUGUCCAUCGUUCACGCAGUGCAGAUGUAUUCUCGUAAAAAGCCAAUGGUGACUCAUUGUUGCUGCCUGAUGGUUUGGCUCUUCUGCCUUCUGCUCUCCAUCCCUGACUGGAUAUUUCUUACAGACUACAAGGACUCCAGACGUCAGGAAAAAAUAGAAUGUGUUCCAGAUUACCCAUCUAAUUCUUUGCAUCUGGCUGCUCGUCUGCUCUAUCAUAUGUUGGGUUUCAUUCUUCCAGCACUAAUAAUGCUGUUCAGUUACUCUUGCAUCCUGCUGCGGCUGCGCCGUGGCUCCCAACACAAGCAGAAGAAGAGGGCCAUCCGUGUCAUCGUAGCCCUGGUAGUAGCCUACUUCAUCCACUGGACGCCCUACAACAUCACCCUCAUCGUUGACACCAUAAAAACCAAUGGGACCAACAAUACCAGUAACCUAACGUCCUGUGAAAACAUCACAUCGUUGGAUGUAGCUCUCACAGCUACUUCCACAUUGGCCUACUUGCACUGCUGUGUCCAUCCAGUGAUUUAUGUGGGCCUGGUGUCACGGAAGAGCUUUCUGUGGUCAGAGUCAGUGGACACCUCGCACACAUCUGCUUUCUGAAACAUCAUGUGCCAUCAAACUAAUAUGUACAAUCAGUCAGCAUGUCAUCUUUUUCUGCAAACUUAUACAGUAAUACUGAUACAGAUGUUAGUCAAUUUAUUAUUAUUUGUUCAAUGGAUUGUGAGCAGCUGAAAAUCACAUUACAUUAUAUUAUUAUAGUACAGUAUUAAAUUGUGAUGUAUAACAAACCUUUUUGUUGAAAAAUUUUUCAGUUGUACUAGCAUAAAACCUGUAGCUGUAAUGCCAGAAAUCUGUCUCUUCAUAAAUGCUGUAAAACUGCAAUACAAUUUAAAAAUAAAUGAUGAGUUGUGGUGGGA